CCUCCCCUCCCUCCUCGGCUUUCUUUCUUUGUAGCCACCCCAGGGGAAGCAACAGAUCGUCACUCGGUGUUCUCACCGAAAGCACGUAAUCGCCGGUGUAACUCAUGUUGGCUGGGGGGCCUCCCGGCGCGCAGAGAGGUUGGGGUGCGCCCCCAUGCAGCUACACGAUCCUGGCCCUCGACUGCGCUGAGGGCGGCGAGAGAGCUCACCUUCCGACGCCUCCCCCCACGCCCUGGGAGUUCAGAGUGACUCCGCAGAGCCAGAGGCUCUGGGGCUGCGCUUCUGCUCACUGGUCCACAAGCUGCCUGGCCUGUGAAGCCGAGGAAUCGGGAAACCAUGCAAUUGAAGCGAGUCUUUGGGCUGUUUCAGAGGCGCUGACAUCCGAGGAGCCUUCUCCUGGGAGACCCAAAGACAAUCUCGGCCCACCAGGCUCUGGGAAAGACCCGACUAGGGAUAAGGCCGCACCGGAAGGCCAAGUCCGAGUUCCAUUCCUGAAGAGGCGGCGGCCGGCAAAGCUAUGACAUUGGCCCUGGAGAUUGGUUUCCCAGGAGCUGUUCUUUCUCAAGAGCUCCACAGCGCGGGAGCAAUCUCCAGAAAACACUCUUCAGCGUUUAUUUCCUUUAAUCCUCAACCCGGAGCCCUACAGCAGCUAAAGCAAGAGGCCAAAAAUGUUUGGAGGAAGAAAAACAAAGGCAGGAAGUGGCGGCGGCCUGACGGUGCGUGUGUGUCUGUAAAGGGAGGGAGUCGGUUCAAUCUUCUGUUUUUCCGAACUUCAAGGUCCAGGCAGACCUCUUAGGGUCAGGCGGUGGCACCCUGCACAGCGUUUGGAGGUGGCCAUCAGCGUCUGCCUUGUCAGGCAGAAAUGGCUGACAAGAUUUGAUCUGCAAAAUAGAUCCACCCUUUUCGAGGCUUCUGCUGAUUUGGUCCUGAAGAGGGGAGCGUAUGUGUGUGUACCCAUAGUGCCUGCUGUUUCUCCUCUCCCUGGCUAAAAGCGCCCUGGCCGAGACAGAGAUCUGUGCACCAUGUGCUCCACCCUCCUUCCCAGGUAGACCAUCAGAAUAAAGUGUGUCCAGGUGCCUCUGCUGAAUUCACUUCUGGCCCUUGGAGAUGUUUAGGCAGUAGCAGGAGGGCACCAGUGAAGUAUCUCAGAGUAUCUGUGUCCUCAGAGGGAUCAUUUCAUAGAAGGAAAGGCCUUGUCUCCUGGGUGGUUGUGCCAGGGGUGUUUCCAACACAGUCAUUCAUGAGACUUAAGCUGCAAGCAUAGUCACUUGAUAGCCACUUCAAAGAAAAAUAGAACUAGGCAUGUCUGAGAACACCUCUUGAUUCCAGGCUUCCUACCCAACUCCGGAGGCUGCAGAGCUGCUGCCCUCUUUGUCUUUAGGGUUGGUUUGGUAGGUAGCAGCCAUCUCCUAUCCCUAAACUCUGGGAAUCUGAAUUCCCCAGGGUCUGCACUUAGAGGACUUUGAAGGCUCAGCAUGUGGCCCAUAGUAUGAAUGCUAAACCAAGCUGCCCCCACUCCCCAGUUCCUUCUCAAGCUAAUCCUGUCCCCAGGUGGUUCCUGCUGGCCCAGGUCACACCUUUCCUCUUUCCAGCCAGCCUCCCCUUCCAAGGCUUUCUAGUCUUCUGGUGUUGUUCUCAGCUGAACUAGAGCUCAGGUGCUAAAGUGCCUCCGGAGGGCACCUACCACUCAGGUAUAGGGAAGGGGAUCUUUUCGGUUUGUCUCCCAAAUUGGGACUCAAUCAGGGAUCUGAACUGGGUUUCUCACCUCCAUCCAUCAUUGGAAUAUUCCAUCCCAAAUCAACACAAUGUGCAUCUACUUUCCUUUCUUCCCUCACCAACACUUGCCCCUUUUCUGGGGAAAAGCUCUUGCUUUUCUAGCCUGGGUAGUCUCCAGAGGCAGCUGGUCUGGGAUGGGUUGGACCCACUGGACAGACCAGAUAUUGCUCUCAACAGUCUACAGCUGUUUCUCAGUGGAUUGCUUAGAGCACCAUAAAUAUUUUUUGCCUCUUCUUGCUGGCAUGAGUCUUAACUUUCAUCUGUCUCAAAAUAUUAAACUGUUCU